AUGCCAAGACUAACCUCGGUGACAGCCAAGUGGCAGACCCCGGAGCCCUCCGAAGCCGCCCUCGGUCCCACCUUCCGAGGAAGCCUGCCUUCCCCACGCCUUCGACCGGAGGCACUUCACUGCCUGUCUCCCCGCUCGCCCCAGCCCCAACCCCCGCAGCUGAGGCGUCGCAAGCGAACGCCCCUGUCACCGCACCCUCACCGACCCUUCUUCCCUGCUUCCCCAGCCCUUACCUGCCGCUCUGAGGGGCGCGGCGCACCUCGGGGUCAAGCCCGCGUGCCGGUGGUCUCCGGUGAGGACCGCGCCGCCAGCGGACGCCCCACAGAGGAUCCGCGCCUCAGUCGGGCUCGGCGGGGCCUCGCGGCCGGCGAGCGCUGGCAGCCCACCGCGGUCCUCCUGUCAGCGGCGGCGCGGGGACAGGCUCGCCCCUCAGCACCGCGGCGGCGGCGGCGGCGGCGGGCGCCUCGCUCCGCCUAG